AUGGUAACACUAAGAUAUUGUGUUAUUUUUGCUGUGUUGUCUCUGGUUUCCACAGAAGAAACUCUUCAAGUGGAAACUAAGCAAGGGACUGUCGAAGGAAGUUUAUCUAACAAUGGAUUGUAUUUUGAAUUCCUUGGUAUCAGAUAUGCAGUUCCUGUUAAAUUUAGGGCUCCUGGAGAUCCACCAACCUUUUCAGGGGUAUACAAAGCUGAUAGCAGAGAAGUACUUUGUCCACAAUUUCCAGCACCGGAUCCAUUAGCUUCGCCUAGUGACAAUGAGGACUGUUUAGUACUAAACAUCUACUUACCAUCACAGUUACAAAAUACCACCCUUCCUGUUAUGGUCUUUCUCCACGGUGGAGGAUUCGGUGUUGGUUCCGGAUCAUCUAUCUUCUACGGCCCACAAUAUCUAAUCAGUCAUGGCGUUAUUGUUGUUACUGUUAAUUACAGAUUAAAUGCUUAUGGAUUCCUUAACUUGGGUAUAAAGGAAGCACCUGGGAAUGCUGGAUUAAAGGAUAUCAGAGCGGCUUUAAGAUGGAUCAAAGAUAAUAUAUCCAAUUUCUUCGGAGAUCCAGAUAAUGUGACUGUUUUCGGCGAAGGGAGUGGUGGUUUGGCAGCUAUUUAUUUGACCAUGUCUGAAUCGACUAAGGGUCUUUUCCAUCGCGUUAUAUCUGAAAGUGGAACACCGUUCGCACCACAGUCUUUCGAUGUUAACCCUUUGAAUACUGCGAUAAAAAUCGCGAAGACUUUAGGUGUUAACACAAAAGAUCCUUAUGAUUUGUAUGAAUUAUACUCAGAAUCGGAAGUUUCUAGAGUUGAAGAGGCUAUUGGAAAACAAAUGAACGCUCAAUCUGUUUUCUUACCAACAGUAGAAGAGGUAUUCGAUGAUGAAGAACCAUUCUUACUUGAUACUCCUUUUAAUAUCCUUGCUACUGGAAAAGUUAUAAACCCAGUUCCAAUUUUAAUUGGUCUAAAUACAGUUGAAGGGUUAACAAGUACAUUGGAUUAUAACACAAUUACCAGUCAAAUGGAUAGAAUAAAGAACGAAGAUUAUUCAGUGUUAGACCAAAGAAGUCUGAAAGUACCUAAAGAAGACAGUUCUGAAUUACGAGACAUAUUAAAAGAGACUUACUUUGUGAACACAACGACUGAUGAAGCAGUACUUGGUGGCAUUAUUAAUCUAAAUACCGACUUUUCUUACGUCGGACCAAUGUCACUUUUUACUAACUUAUAUACUAAUAGUACAGGGUUGCCAGUUUAUGCUUACAUCUUUAAUUAUUUGGGCAAUAGGAAUUUAGGGAGAAUUCUAACGAAUAGUAGCUUAGAAGCGACUGCUAAUAGAGAUGAUCUGUUCUAUAUUUUUGAAUUGGAACGAUUACCAUUGCCUAUGGAUGAAGAGGAUGCAAGAAUGGUCACUUUUAUGACAAUGAUGUGGACUAAUUUUGCUAAAUUUGGAUCACCCACCCCAGAAACAAACAACGGCGAGUGGGUACCUUACCCCCACCACUUGGCGAUUGACUUAGAACCUCAGUAUGUCUCCGAACUUACACCAGAGCGGGCGUAUUUCUGGCGCAGCAUUUAUUAUAAAUACGGCGUUGAGAUACCUACGGAUUAG